AUGGGCGCUGCCGGAGCGAAGGCGGCCCAGCAGCAGGCGCAGCAGGCACAGCAGGCGCAGCAGGCGCAGCAGGCGCAGCAGGCGCAGCAGGCGCUGGAGCAGCGGCAGCGGCACGAGGCGGCGGGCGCGCCCGAGGCGGCGGCGCUUGCGACAGAAGCGGCUGAGCUCGAGGCGGGGGGGAGUCAUGCGGCCGUGUUGCAGCAGUGGCUGCAAAUGGUGGCUGUGGGGCAGCAGGUGGCCGCCGGCCCCGCAGAGGUGGGGCCGGCGGAAGCGCCUGCGUGGUUUGGAGGAUCUGAUGGGCCCGAGGAGCCCGACGGCGUUCUCGAAGCGCUCAGGAGCGCGGCGCGGCAGAUGGAAGCUCCCCGAGCAACGGGGGCCCAGCAGCAGGCGCAGCAGACGCUGCUGCAGGAGCAGCAGCAGCCGCAGCAGCAGCAGGCCGCGGCGCUUGAGAAAGGAGCGUCCAUGAUUGAGGAAGAUUUUGGGCUGGACGAGGGGCAGCAGCAACAGCAGCAGGACGGCCAGCCGCCGCUCUUCACCGACGAUGGCGCGGCAGCCUGCGAAGUGGACCCUGCCGCGCAGCCCCCCCAGGCCGCUGGCGCCAGCCCCCCCGCCCCGCCGCGCGUCGACGCUUCGCGGGCCGCGCCGCGCCACGCGCCGAGCGUGGUGGCGCUCCUAGUCGAGCUGGCGGCGUCGCCGGUGCGGCAGCAGCGCGCUCUGAUGGACGACCUCGCAGACCGGUCAACUCCGCGGUCAACGCGCCUCAUCAGCAGCGCAGACAAUGGCGUCCUGUCGGUCAAUGCAGUCCGCAACAAGCUUUCGCUUCCUACCGAAACGCAGCUCCUAGUGGGCUCGCAGCGCUACGCGCCCCGCGCGCUGUUCACUCAGCGGUGGCCGCCCGCGCGCCGCCCAGAAUGGCGCGGGCCGCUGACGCCGGGCGAGCUGCUGCGUGUCGCGCACGCGGCGGCCGCCAGGGAUCGGAGUAGUGAGAGGGCGCAAGAGGUGCUGGGCCGCAUGCGGCGCGGCGCCGCGGCAGCACACCUUGACGUGCACCCCAGCCACAAUGCGGAGGCGGCGCCCGCGGCCCGCCUGGACGCGCUUUGGCAGCAGGCCGCCGCCGGCGAUGCCGCCGUCGUGGGCGGUUGCGGCCGCGUGGCGGGCAGCGCAGGAGUGGAGGCCUGCCUGCCAAGCGGCGGGGAGCUGCGGCCGGGCAGUGGCGAGGCCUGGCUCUUCGGAGAGGCCAGCGGCAGCAAACACCCGGCUGCAGGGCAGCAUGUGGGCGCUGAAUUUGUGCAUAUGCAGGACGACGGAAGCAGCAGCGGCAGCAGCAGCGGCAGCAGCAGCAGCAGUAGCAGUAGCAGUCCCGAGGCCGUACCUGCGGCAACUGCCACGGCUGGCGAGGCCCUGGAGACGCUGGAACCACUGCCGCAGCAGCAACAGCACCAGCAGCACCAGCAGCAGCAGCAGCCGCAGCGGCGGCAGCAGCAGCGACAGCAGCAGCGGCGGCAGCAGCAGCAGCAGCAGCAGCAGCAGCAGCAGCAGCAGCAGCAGCAGCAGCAGAGGCUGCCGUCUGGCGGGAUGAUGGACAAUCUCAUCCACCAGGCCGCCAUGGGUCCACGCCCCCGCCACGCCGGCCAGGGCGGCAGCAGCCUGUCUGUCGUCAGCACCGGCGGCGCCCUGUUGCUCGCAGCACCCGGGGACGGCGAGGUGAUGCAGCAGCUGCUGAGGCAGCAGCUGGCGUGGGAGGUGUCACUCCUGCAGCACAGGCCGGGGUCGGACGCGGCGGCGGCCGCGGCGGCUGCUGCUGCUGCGGCGCCGUCGCCGCGUGCGAAGCAUGUUGGGCCCAGCUAG